AAACUAGUGUGGUUGUGUGCUGAUAUGUCAUUUGAGCUAGGGGAAGGAAGGGGAAAACUUGAAACAGGACUUGGGAAGGACUGACUUGGAUCUUCCUGCGCUCGUGAGCUUUUUAAAGACAUCAGUGAGAUCCCUGAGAGGUGUGAGUGUGUGGGUGUGUAUGUGUGUGUUUGCAUGAAAGCUGUAAGAGGAAAGGCAUUACUUCCAUAACGUGACUACCACAUAACCAGUCUCUCACCAGGUGUUUGUACUUACAGGAAGAAUGCUGGAACAUUGCUUUACAUUUUGCCGCUCCCUUGUGAGGAGGAAGAUUGUGGACCAGGACUGUCUGGAGGAGUCAAAGCUGUGCCGCUGCCUCUCCACUGUUGAUCUCAUUGCCCUUGGGGUAGGAAGUACACUGGGGGCUGGUGUCUAUGUGCUCGCUGGGGAGGUGGCCAAAGGCAAUUCUGGCCCCAGUAUCGUGGUGUCCUUCCUCAUCGCCGCUCUAGCAUCUGUGAUGGCCGGCCUGUGUUAUGCUGAGUUUGGUGCGCGGGUACCCAAGACGGGCUCGGCCUAUUUGUACAGCUAUGUGACUGUGGGGGAACUCUGGGCCUUCAUCACAGGAUGGAACCUCAUUCUGUCAUACGUCAUUGGAACCUCUAGUGUGGCACGUGCCUGGAGUGGGACAUUUGAUGAGCUUAUAGGGGGCCACAUUGAAAAGUUCUGCAAAAUGUACUUCAAAAUGAGUUUGCCUGGCCUGGCAGAGUACCCUGAUUUCUUUGCUGUCUGCCUGAUCUUACUUCUGUCAGGUCUUCUCUCCUUUGGGGUGAAAGAAUCAGCUUGGGUCAACAAGAUCUUCACAGCUGUAAACGUGCUUGUGCUGAUGUUUGUUAUCAUCUCUGGAUUCGUCAAAGGAGAUGCGCUCAAUUGGAAUAUUUCAGAAGAAUCUCUCAUAAACCACACCAUUGUCACAAGGAAUCUCUCACAUACUGCUAAUGUCACCAGCGAUUACGGGGCAGGGGGCUUUUUGCCUUAUGGCUUUGGUGGGACGCUUGCUGGUGCAGCCACGUGCUUUUACGCCUUUGUGGGAUUUGACUGCAUUGCAACCACAGGCGAGGAGGUGAAGAAUCCCCAGAGGGCCAUUCCCAUUGGUAUAGUUGUUUCCCUGCUGGUCUGCUUCCUUGCCUACUUUGGUGUGUCAGCAGCCCUCACCCUCAUGAUGCCCUACUAUCUGCUGGAUGAGAGAAGUCCUCUACCCUUGGCUUUUGAAUAUGUGGGCUGGGGGCCUGCGAAAUAUGUAGUAGCUGCAGGAUCGCUCUGUGCUCUUUCAACCAGUCUGCUGGGCUCCAUUUUCCCAAUGCCGCGUGUAAUCUAUGCUAUGGCACAGGAUGGGGUGCUUUUCAAAGUGUUAGCCCAAAUCAAUCCUAAGACGAAGACCCCUCUUAUUGCUACAAUGUCUUCAGGUGUAGUUGCAGCUAUCAUGGCUUUCCUGUUUGACUUGAAAGCGCUGGUGGACAUGAUGUCUAUUGGAACUUUGCUGGCGUACUCAUUAGUGGCUGCUUGUGUUCUUAUCCUCAGAUAUCAGCCAGAUGCUGUGUUUGAGAGGUCUAGGAUCAAUGAAGGCAAGGAAGAGGUUGGUGAGUCUGAGCUGACAGAGUCUGAGUCUCAUCUGAACAUGCUGAAGGAUGGAGGAGUAACCCUGCGCUCUCUGCUCAACCCGCCACUGCUGCCCACUGAACAGACCUCCACAGCCGUCAAUUUGUCUGUUAUCAUCAUGGUGCUUAUUGUGUGUGUUGUGAGCACACUCAACACAUACUACGGACAGGCCGUUAUUGCCAUGGAGCCUUGGGCCCUUGGAAUCUUGGCCGCAUCUCUGUUCGUCUUCAUCAUGUGCCUCUUUCUAGUUUGCAGACAACCUCAGACAAGGAAGAAAGUUUCCUUUAUGGUUCCUCUGUUGCCCUUUCUACCCAUCUUAAGUAUAUUUGUCAACGUGUAUCUCAUGGUUCAGCUCAGCAGAGACACAUGGAUCCGUUUCUCCAUCUGGAUGGCCAUAGGCUUCCUCAUUUAUUUUGGAUAUGGAAUGUGGCAUAGUGAUGAACGCAAGAGGCAUAUACAGAACUGUGGUGUUGCAACUGAGAAAAAGAUACUGACAGGAAAUGUAGGCACUGUGGAGUAUGUGACACGCAUAGAGAAGACUAGCCCAUGUUAAAGAACAGCAGACAAACUCUGAUAGUUACUAGCUGUUUCACCAACCAGCUGAUAGACCUGAGCUCUGCGUUUACACUCACUGCCAUCGUGAACAAUCAGUGCUGAUGCCCUCACCUGUGAUGUGAUCAUAUCAUGUAAUAGGACAUUAGGGGUGUAUGAUCUGACAAUGAAAAUUCAAUGUGUUGAUUAUGGAAUUAACUCUAUUUAUACACUCUUAUGGCGUUUUCAGAACUGUAGAUCGCUUGCUUUGUUCGAAACAGGGAUUUAAGUUAUUACAAUGUUGCAAUUCUUAUUGGUUCGGUUCGCUUUCACAAGGCAACAUUUCUAAUAUAAAUACAGUAUGUUACCUCAAACUUAGCUUUUUCAUCUCCUGAACUCCUAGACUUGCAAAGUAAAUCUCUGACUUUUAUGUAGUCCGUGUCAGAGUUUUUUUUAGCCUUCGCACGACACUGUUCUAUGGUGCAAUGAAAGCUCAUCUCUUUGAGACGUUCGCUAAACUUUUUUCUGUGUGUUUUGGACAGUAGUUCUGAAAUGUGUUCGGCAUUUCACUUCACCUUAGCUCCAGAUUAACCCACGAUUCGUUUAGAGAGAGAGGCAUUAGCAAAACAAACACUGCUGCUUUUCACUCAACAUACGUAACGUUAAUUCUUCUUCUUCUUCUUUCGAUUCAGUGGCGGUUGGCAAAUAAUGUUGUGCAUUUCCAUCACCUACUAAGAUGGAGUGUGGAGUAUCAGUGUGGAAUAAAAAAAAAAAAAAAAAAAAGGGGGGGGGGGGCAUACUUUUAACUAAAUUCUUGUAAUUAGAUUAGUUGCAUUUGAAAAGUCUAGUAAUCAAGUCAUUAUACCUAAUGACUUGAUUCGAUUUUCUAACAUGAACCUUUCAUUAGUAUUCAUAUUCAUAUUUUUAUUAGCCCCUUGAUUCAAAUUUGCUUAAUGGAAUACUUAAUCUUAUUUCUGAAUUUUCUAAGGCCUUGUUGUCUAAAGCAUCUGCUUCCUAAUGUAACCCAUCUUAACCCAUCCAGCCUGGUUCAUUGGUCCGUUGAUGUGUCACUGGGUCAUAUCGCUUCCCCACCACAAGCGAAUCGGUCCAGAGUUUGUUUUCAAGCGGGCCGAGACCGCCUCGUUCAGGCAAUCUCCGACCGAUUGUGUGUGUGUGCGUGAAUUCAAACGCGAUUGCCAUAUUCAUAUAUGCCUAAAUGAACCGAGAGAAAACGCGCCAGGUUCCAGGGAAAAAAAAAAAAAAUUCUCCAAAGGAGGAUUUCACUUUAGAAAAACAAUUUUUGGUUUUCCAAAGAACCAUUCAGUGAACAGUUCUUAGGCAUUUAUUUUUUCUUAGUGUGAAGAAUAUUUUAAUAAUCUGAAUAACCUCAACUUUUUGUGCAAUGGAAAGUUCUAUGGAUGUUAAAGGAUUAGUUCACUUUCAAAUGAAAAUGACCCCAAGCUUUACUCACCCUCAAGCCAUCCUAGGUGUAUAUGACUUUCUUCUUUCUGAUGAACACAAUCGGAGUUAUAUUAAUAUUAAUAAAUAUCCUGACGCAUCCAAGCUUUAUAAUGGCAGUGAACGGGAUCAACGGGUAUGAGCUGAAGAAAGUGUCUCCAUCCAUAUCCAUCCAUAAAUGUACUCCACACAGCUCCGGGCCGUUAAUAAAGGCCUUCUGAAGCGAAGCGAUGCGUUUGUGUAAGAAAAAUAUCCACAUUUAUCAAGUUAUAAAGUAAAAUAUCUAGCUCCCGCCAGACCACCUUUCAUAUUCAACUUACGAAGAAAGUGUAAAACUCUCGCAGUUCAAAGAGCUUACGAUGCCAGUUCUGUUUUUUUCGUAAGUUGAAUACAGAAGGCGGUCUGGCGGAAGCUAGAUAUUUUACUUCACAACUUGUUAAAAAAUUUUUUUUGUACACAAACACAUCGCUUCGCUUCAGAAGGCCUUUAUUAACCCCCCGGAGCCGUGUGGAGUACGUUUAUGAUGGAUGGAUGUGGAUGGAUGCACUUUCUUCAGCUCAUACUCGUUGGUCCUGUUCACUGCCAUUACAAAACUUGGAUGCGUCAGGAUAUUUAUUAAUAUAACUCCAAUUGUGUUCAUCAGAAAGAAGAAAGUCAUAUACACCUAGGAUGGCUUGAGGGUGAGUAAAGCUUGGGGUAAUUUUCAUUUAUUCUUCACGGGACCAUCACUGCCAAUACAGAACCUUUAUUUUUAAGAGUGUACCCAAUAUAAAUGGUCCUCCCACUUAUAUUUCUGAUUUCAGAAUAUAACUGAAGAUUAUUUGUGACCAAAUUUUGUUCUUUAUAAUGCUUAAUUUUGCCUAAUAAAUAGUCUAAUUAGAAUAGCAUUGAAUUGUUGUCAGAGCUAAUAUUUACACCCCUGUAAGAUAUGUGAGCAAUUUGCUUUUAAACGUGUUUGGAAGUGAAAGGGAAAGCAUGUUUUUUUUAUUUUCUAUAAAGUAUUAAGAUUUCCACAGUCAGUAUCUCAAGGUUACUUCCCAUCUAAAUAAUAAUAAAAAAAAAACAUAUAUACUUACAUAUACUAAAGGUAUGAGACAAAUUUGUGGUAAAGUGGCAUUAUCAAAUAAUGUGGAACAUUAGAAUAGAUAUUGGGAAAACUAUGAAUUGAAGAUAUUGGUGAACAUCCAGCUUUUACAUGUUUGACUGUGUUGUUAAAGUGUUUAAUUCUAAGAUUUGGGAUUAAUAUAUUGACUACAUCUUAUUUUACAUGCCAGAGAUGUUAAGCUGCUCAGAUAACACCAUUUCUUGUAUUCUGGUAAACACUAUACUUUUUAUUUUUAUCCAUGUUACAUGUGUUUGUGUAGUUAUUGUUAAAUGUUUGACAUGUCCAAUGUACAGUAUUCAUAGGUCACCCUGUUGUUUAACAACCAGGUCUGAUGAUGUUGAAGAGGAGCAAGUAUGUGUUUUGUCUUGUAAAAUUACCUUUUUAUUUACUUUAUUUACUUGCUAUAUUUUAUAGACUUUUUCAGAAACUACUUUUUUUCAGUCUACACUCACUUCAGCUCACUGCAGUCAUUCAAUAUAUGACAAUCUGUGUAAUCCAGUUAAUGAUGCCAGCGGUGGUCUAAGAAUGGACAACCUGAGUGUCUGAAAGUGUUUCUUCUGCUAAAUAGCACUCAUGUUCUUCUCUGCCUAAAACACUCGGUGUAAAUGAGUCAUAGAGACGCUAAGAUUGUGGCACAAGGAUUAAUAAAAGUGUGUUAAUGUCUCAUUAAAAAUAUUGCACAUCAA